CUUUUGACAAUUUAAAAAUGUUAAUGGGAAUGGUGCUAUUUAUUGUCAAAAGAAAAUCAAAGUGUCCCUUUUCGUUUUUAAAUUGUCAAAUGCGCAGUUAUAUCAGUGAUGCUGGUCUCAAAACAAUCAGAAAUAUUGGAGUUCUAGCUCACAUUGAUGCUGGAAAAACUACCACUACUGAAAGGAUGUUAUAUUAUUCUGGCAGAAUUAAAAGGAUGGGUGAGGUACAUAAGGGCACAACAGUUACUGAUUUUAUGGAACAAGAAAGAAAUAGAGGAAUCACUAUUUCCUCAGCAUAUGUUUCUUUUCAAUGGAAUAACCAUUUAUUUAAUCUUGUUGAUACUCCUGGUCAUAUUGAUUUCACUGCUGAAGUUGAACAAACCCUAAAUGUUAUUGAUUCUGCAGUACUUGUUCUUGAUGGUUCUGAAGUUUAUGCUAAUAAAAUGGAUCAUCCUGACAGCGAUAUUAGUCUUUGUGAGAAAUCUCUAAAAGAAAAACUUGGUGUAAUACCUUUAGUUUUACAUAUUCCACUCAAAGAAAAAUCAAUGUUUAGAGGUUUGGUGGAUUUAGUUUCUGUAAAAAAAAUUAUUUGGUCUGAUAAAGAAAUUUCAGUUUCUGAUUUAAAUGAUAAAGAUGAAUAUUAUACUUCAGUACUGGAAAAAAGAAAUAAUUUAAUUGAUCAGUUAUCAUCAUUGGAUAAUGAUCUUGCUGAUAUCAUUCUGCAAACUGGAUGUUUUGAGUCUGUUUCUGAGAAGGAGUUACUAUUAUCUAUUCGCAAAGUUACGAUUUCCAAGAAAGGAGUUCCUGUUGUUUGUGGCAGCUCCUAUAAGAACAUAGGAAUAGAAACACUAUUGGAUGCUGUAAUUCAGUUCUUACCAUCGCCAUUAGAAUUUUCAGGAUGUAAAAUUCAGAACUCUUUUAAGAAUGAUAUUAUAGGAAAAUCCUUCAAAGUUAUGCAUGAUAAGCAAAGAGGACCCCUAGUGUUUUUUAGAAUGUUCUCUGGAAACUUAAAAAAAGGUCAAAAAGUCUAUAACUUACAUAAGGAGAAAGCAGAUAAAGCUUUAUCAUUGUAUAAAGUCUUCGCUGAUGAGAUCAAUGAAGUAUCUUCUGUUUAUUGUGGAAACUUUGUUGCUGUUUCUGGAUUGAAGACCGUACAAAGUGGAGAUAUAAUAUGCAGCUCUGCAACUGCAGCUAAGAAACUUAAUUCACUUUCUAGUGAAAAUAAAGAUGAAUUUGAAAAGCUUCUUCAAGGAAGUUUGGUACCUAAUCCUGUAUUUUUCUGUUCGGUUGAACCUCCAUCUCAGUUCUACCAGUUAGCCCUUGAUAAAGCUCUUUUAGAACUAUCUCGUGAAGAUCCUAGUUUAAGGGUGACUUUGAAUAAUGAAACUGGACAAACAAUUUUGGGAGGAAUGGGUGAACUUCAUUUAGAGAUCAUAAAAGAUAGAUUGAGAACAGACUAUAAAAUAGAUGUGGAUAUGGGUCCAUUACAGAUUGUUUACAAAGAAAAACCUCUUUCUUCUGUUAAGGAAAAUCAUCAUUUUCAUAGCUUAAUAGGCUCAAAGGAACAUAGUAUAAAUAUUUCACUAAUGUUAAGACCAGAGAGAAGUCGUGAAAUUUUGCACUUAGAUACUUCAAAGGAAGCCAGCCAAAAUUUGGCUCACAUUUCUCCUCAAACUUUGGCAAUAAUAAAACAUGGUGUUAAAUCAGGUUUGAGUAAAGGACCAUUGAUGUCUUGUGAGGUUACAGAUUCUCAUGUUAUUUUGCACAACCUAACCAUGAGCAAAAGGGUUCCUGACUCCUUGUUAGUUGCAGCUACAUCUCACUGCGUGAAUAAAAUGCUGAAGAUGGCAGGAACAAAGUUAUUGGAACCUAUAAUGGAAGUCAGUAUAGCUGUUGAAGACUCAUAUCUUCAAUCUGUUUUAGGUGACCUGACAAGGCGUAGAGCUAAUGUUCUAAAUAUUUCAUCAAAAUAUGAUAUAAAGGAAAUAGUCUCUGAAGUACCAUUGGCUGAACUUUUGGGUUAUGCUAAAUAUUUAAGAACUAUUACUUCUGGCUCUGCAAGAUUGUCAAUGGAAUUCACUAGUUACAAAGAUGUACAGCCUCAAGUUCAAGAGAAGAUAAUAAAUGGUUUGAUUUGAAGGCUUUCCUUUAAUAUUAAUUUUCUAGAUGAUGAUGUAUUAUACAUAAUUGUUAUAUUUAUUUAAAAUUGGGUCCAAUUGUUUAUAAACUUGCCGAUACUUAUUAAUAUUUGUUAUUAGUGUAUCUUUAGUUUAAUAUAUAAAAUGAAAUUUAUGUAUGUUUAAUUGAUAUUUUAGUAUUUGUUACCUUGAACUGAAUGGUUUGUUUAUUAGCAGUCUGAACUGUAC